GAAAGGAAACUCAUGCAUCAAAAAAAGGUGACUAAUGAACAUACCACAAGAAUAUGGCUGCACAGAUACCAGAAUCUGAUCAGAUGAAACAGUUUAGGGAAUUUCUUGAAACCUACAAUAAACUUCCAGAAGCAUGCUUUUUGGACUGCGUUAAGGACUUUACAACAAGAGAAGUAAAACCCGAAGAAAUGAAGUCCUGGGCAGCUGAAGCAGGACCUCAUGGCCAGCCACGGUAG